GUGGAGAACGUCGUUCCGGACCACGACCUCCGCGUGAAGGUGACGCGCUCUGAGUUUGAGUCUCUCUGCUCCGACCUGUUUGAGCGAGUGGCUCAGCCUGUCCAGGAUGCACUCCACAAUGCACAGAUGACCAUGGCCGAGGUGGACCACGUGAUCAUUGUGGGUGGAGCCACGCGAGUCCCCAAGGUGCAGGAGGCCUUGCUCAGGGCGGUCGGGAGGGAGUCUCUAGGACGAAGCGUCAAUGCUGAUGAGUCGGUGGCCCUGGGUUCGGUGUUCCGGGCGGCCGCUCUGAGCCAAGCGUUUCGUGUGAAGCCGCUCGUAGCACGUGACAGCACCUCACACAGCGUGCAGGUCGUCUUCGCCAGGGAAACUUUGGACGGCGAUUCGCCAUCAUCAUCGCCAUCAUCGCCAUCAUCGUCAUCGUCAUCGGCCGCUGGGGUCGACAGCGUCCAGGGCAGCAGUGGAGCGAACCUGGCGGUGGUGCGUCUGAACCAUCGGGUUCUGUUCCAGAGGAGCCAGUCUCUGCCGCAGCGAAAAGUCAUCUCCUUUAACCGCUAUCAGCGAGAUUUCACCUUCACCGUCGCCUACACGGAUAUCGGGGAUGAGGAGACCAGGCUACUAGGGGGAGUGUCUAUCUGCGAUGUCCAAGUGAAGGGAGUAGCCGAAGCAGUAUCUCGUCACCGCUCUGCUGAGCCAAAGGGAGUGAAAGCUCACCUCAGCCUGGACACGAGCGGUCUGCUGCACUUAGACAGGAUCGAGGCAGUGUUUGAGGAGGAGAUAGAGGAGCAGGAGAAGAAGGAGGAGGAGGAAUCCACUUUGACCAAGCUGGGUAACAGCAUCACCAGCCUCUUUGGUGGGACGAGUUCAGACAAAAACGAGACGGGGCGUGAGGGUGAGGAGGAAGGGGCGGGGCCCAAGCCGGAAGGGGCGGAGCCUGGCCAGGAAGGGGCGGAGCCUGGCCAGGAAGGGGCGGAGUCCAAGCAGGAAGGGGUGGAGGGUGAGGGGGCGGAUGCAGAGGAGGGGAAGGGGGCGGAGGCCAAGGAGAAGGAGGCGGAGCCCAAGGAGGGGGCGGGAUCUGAGGGUACGGCAGCGGUGCCAGGCGCGGUGAAGCGAGUUAAAGUGUCGGAGCCUCUGCAAUGGACGCUCACUCAGACAGACCUUUCAGACCCUGACGAGGUUCAAAUCAACGCCUCACGCUCUCGGUGAGAGCACUCACUCAUUCAUUCAUUCACUCAUUCAUUCACUCAUUCAUUCAUUCAUUCACUCACUCAUUCAUUCAUUCACUCAUUCAUUCACUCACACACUCAGACAGACCUUUCAGACCCUGACGAGGUUCAAAUCAACGCCUCACGCUCUCGGUGAGAGCACUCACUCACUCAUUCAUUCA